AUGGAUCCGCAACCUCCUCCACCUGCCCAGGGAAGCCCACCUCACCGGGGCCGGGGCCGGGGCCGGGGCAGAGGCCGAGGCCGGGGCCGGGGCCGUGGCCGGGGGGGCGCUGGAGCCCCCCGGGCGCCCCUGCCCUGCCCCACGUGUGGCCGCCUCUUCCGCUUUCCCUACUACCUCUCCCGGCACCGGCUGAGCCACUCGGGCCUGCGGCCCCACGCCUGCCCCCUGUGCCCCAAGGCCUUCCGGCGGCCGGCCCACCUCUCGCGCCACCUGCGCGGCCACGGGCCACAGCCCCCGCUGCGCUGCGCCGCCUGCCCGCGCACCUUCCCUGAGCCCGCGCAGCUCCGGCGCCACCUGGCCCAGGAGCACGCAGGAGGCGGCGUCGAGCUGGCCAUCGACAGGGCGGCCAAGGAGGCGGCCGAGUCCAGCUGGGGCCCACAGGACAAGGCCGCUGAGCAGCCACCCGGCGCCGGAGCGGAGGAGGAAGAGGCGGCGGCAGAGGAGGCAGCGGCGGCGCGGCCCGAGCCGUGGGCCGCGGGGGAGCCGGCCACGCCGGCAGCUGCCACGAGCGCGGGACCCCGCGAGCCAGAGGGGGCCGAGGCCGAGGCUGGGGCGGCGGAGCUCAGGGCCGAGCUGGCGCUGGCGGCCGGGCGGCAGGAGGAGAAGCAGGUCCUGCUGCAGGCCGACUGGACGCUGCUGUGUCUCCGCUGCCGGGAGGCCUUUGCCACCAAGGGCGAGCUCAAAGCGCACCCGUGCCUGCGCCCCGAGGGCGACCAGGAGGGCGAGGGGGGGCCCCCGCCGCGCCCCAAGCGCCACCAGUGCUCCAUCUGCCUCAAGGCCUUCGCCAGGCCCUGGUCGCUGUCUCGCCACCGGCUGGUCCACUCCACCGAUCGCCCCUUCGUGUGCACGGACUGCGGCCUGGCCUUCCGCCUGGCCUCCUACCUCCGUCAGCACCGCCGCGUCCACGGCGCGCUCAGCCUGCUGGCCCCGCUGCCCGCGGCGGCCAAGAAGGACGACAAGGCGGCGGCGGCGGGCGGCCGGACCUCAGGGAGGGGGCCCGAGGGGGGCGAAGGGGCGGAGCGCGGGACCGCCGCGGAGGGCGGGCCAGGCGGGCAGAACGGAGGCGAGGCGGCCCCGGCCCGGGCCCCGGCCGGCGAGCCCCGCUUCUGGUGCCCCGAGUGUGGCAAGGGCUUCCGGCGCCGGGCGCACCUGCGGCAGCACGGGGUGACCCACUCGGGCGCGCGGCCCUUCCAGUGCGUCCGCUGCCAGCGGGAGUUCAAGCGGCUGGCCGAUCUGGCGCGCCACGCGCAGGUACACGCGGGGGGCCCAGCCCCGCACCCCUGCCCGCACUGCUCGCGCCGCUUCUCCCGCGCCUACAGCCUGCUGCGCCACCAGCGCUGCCACCGAGCCGAGCUGGAGCGGGCCGCCGCCGCGCAGCAGGCACUGCAGGCCCCGGCCUCGCCGCCGCGCGCCCUGCCGCCCCCCGCGGGCCAGGAGGCCGAGGGGCUCCCGUUGCCCCUCGCCCACAUCAAGGAAGAGCCGCCGUCCCCGGGGUCCCCGCCCCAGUCGCCGGCGGCGGCAGCACCCCCUGUCUUCCUCAGCGCCUCCUGCUUUGACAGCCAAGACCACUCGGCCUUCGAGAUGGAGGAAGAGGAGACUGAGAGCAAGGCUCAUCUGCGCGGCCUGGGGGGCCUGGCCUCCUGA